CGCAUUUUCCAAGUGACAAGCAAUUAUGAGAACGCGAACAUAACCUAAUCGUAAUUGUAGAGUUAGUCUUGACUCUUAAUUUGUUGUCAUCCCUAAUAUUGUUCAAGCGCUAGUAUUGUAGUGGAAUUGAGUUUAAUCUCCAACAUAGUUUAAUUUUCGGAAAUAGAUAUUCGAACACGGUAAUAUAAUCCUCCUUCAAAAUGAUUGAUGUCGUAGCAAAUAAGGUUGUGGUCCAUCCUCUGGUGUUGUUGAGUGUAGUGGAUCAUUUUAACAGAAUGGGAAAAAUUGGAAAUCAGAAGAGAGUUGUGGGUGUACUACUAGGUUCUUGGCGUCCUAAAGGAGUUCUUGAUGUAUCUAACAGCUUUGCUGUGCCAUUUGAUGAAGACGAUAAAGACAAAAAUGUGUGGUUCCUGGACCAUGACUAUUUGGAAAAUAUGUACGGCAUGUUCAAGAAAGUUAAUGCUAGAGAGAAGGUGGUCGGCUGGUACCACACAGGACCCAAGCUCCAUCAGAGCGAUGUUGCGAUCAAUGAGCUGAUCCGGCGUUAUUGUCCCAACUCUGUGCUGGUCAUCAUCGACGCUAAACCCAAGGACCUUGGCCUUCCUACUGAGGCUUACCGGGCUGUGGAGGAGGUUCAUGAUGAUGGUUCCCCGACGUCCAAGACUUUUGAGCAUGUACCCAGUGAGAUAGGGGCAGAGGAAGCAGAAGAGGUUGGGGUAGAACAUCUGCUGCGAGACAUCAAGGACACAACCGUCGGAACUCUCUCACAGCGCCUCACUAAUCAGCUGCUCGGUCUCAAAGGCCUCCAUCUCCAGUUGCAGGACAUGCGAGAUUAUUUGGUCCAGGUCGUAGAAGGCAAGCUACCGAUCAACCACCAAAUCGUGUACCAACUCCAAGACAUAUUUAAUCUGUUACCGGACAUAGGCCGUGGGAACUUUACUGAUUCGCUUUAUGUCAAGACAAACGAUCAGAUGCUGGUUGUGUACCUUGCGGCACUCAUCAGAUCAAUCAUCGCCCUGCACAACCUCAUCAACAACAAGCUCAGCAAUCGAGACGCAGAAAAGAAGGAAGGUAAGAAGGAGGAGAAGCCUGUCGUCAAGGAAGAGGAGAGCAAGAAGGAGGUCAAAGCGAAGUGAGCUUAAUUAGUUUUUGUGUUUCUUUGUUUAAUAAAUUAUUUUCAGUACUCUAA